AUUAACUCUGUCUCUGCUGAAGUUUUCUCUGCACAAAUGUUAUCACAAAUAUACGUGGGUGACAUGUGCGGAAGUUUUCGAACUUACAGUUAUCACUUUGUAAACCCGUCCUAAUACUAUGAGCAAGAUUACAAUACAAUGCUCGUAGGCGCCAUUUAACCAGACUGGCAGAUUAUGAUUAUAUAAAAGUCCUACGACAUUUUAUUCACGUUUACGUGAGGUUAAACGUGGGAUAAACACCUGCUCAGUUGAGAAAAGAUAGAAAUAUUAUUAUAAUUUUAUAUUUGAAGAAAAAAACCAGUUAUUUAAUAUGGCUGACGAUGAUGAAUCAAAACCUGUCAUGUUAUUCGGAAGAGAUAUUUCGAAGAUUCCAUGUUUCCGAAGCAGUUUCCUUUACGGAAUAACGAGCGGUGUUGUUGGAGGUAUGACAAUGUUUUUGUUCACAAGUAGACCAAAAUUAUCGUGCGAUGCAGCAGUUGGAACAUUUGUCUCCGUUACGUUAUUCUACUGGAUAUAUUGUCGUCACAAUUGGGUACACCAAAAAUUUGAUGCGGGCCAAGUGCAAAGUGCAUUACGUCGAGCGAACACUUUGGAACGUCCCCAAAGAGAAAAAGAAUUUUCGGAGAAGAAACCCACGCUUGUUGACGCAUAAACAAUCGGCUGACAAAUCUAUAUUCUUUAUUCAUUAAUGUGCAAAUCUAUUCGCUAAACCCUCUACCACUGAAUAGUGUAAUUGUCGUACUGUAAUUAGCUGUAUUUAUAAAUAAAUAUGUUCAUAAUAUCUCAGAAAAAAUA